AUGCCUAAGAAAACUGACCCAAGUUUUUGGCAAUCUCCUGCAUACUCUUUAAGAGGCAAAAUCGAUUUUCCAAUUUAUGAUUCAAGCCCCGGACCAGUGUACAGAGUGGACCGAACGACACGGCAUGGCCGAUACACGAACGCCAAGAUCGACAUUGGAAUAAUUCUCGAUAGAAAGGACAACGCACAGAGUCCGGGACCAGCUGCCUACCUGCCAUGCUAUCCGAAUUUGAAACGGGCGCCUACUCCAAAGUUAUUGUUACCCCUAACAGACAGACAGAAAAAUAUUGUUCCAUCGCCCAACGCGUAUAUGUUGCGCAACGAGCAUCGAUCGUCGAUCAAGAGUAGACGAAAAGGCUACACAAUGUAA